AUGCACAUCAAAGCUGCCAGUUGCCUGCCAAGCAAUGCCUACUCGGCUGCAGGAGAAUAUUCAUUGGCCCAAGCAACUCCGCUUCAGCUGACUCACUGCCACAUUCCACGUGCAGCGUAUUUAGUCCAAGCAGCAGAAGUUAAUUUAGUUUUUCCGUCUGUCACUGUAACUUUUCAACCUAUACCCAAGUUUCCCGUUCGUGUCCCCUUGGGCAGAAUGGCAAUCAUUCCUUUAAUCCGUGCUAUCAUUUUCGCACUUGCAACCUUGUUUUCUGUGGUGGUCCUCGGCAUCUGUGCACAUCUCGAAUACUUGACCAGUGGGAAUACAAAUUCUUAUCUAUCCUUUGCGGCGUUCGGUCUUGCUUCAGCAUGCGUAACUGCGGUGACCCUGCCAUUGUUCUUUAUUCUGGGACACGCUAGACGCGGCGUGUUCACUUCGAUGGUUAUUUUUGAGAUAGUCUGGUUUCUCGUUCUCUGGGUCUUGUGGGUCGCGACCGCGGGGGACACUGUCGUCGACAGGGCCUACUUCUUCCCUGAGGGUUGUGUUCUCAAUAAUCGCAAGUCACAAUUCUUUUCUCUGGAGAAAUACAGCUCACUGCUCCUUAGCCUCCGUCAACCAGAUCUGCUACGAGGUUACUGCGGUAGAGGCAUUUCUUUCCUCAACUUCUUUGCUGUGUUCUUCUACUACGAUGUAUUGGUUCUGUAUGCCAUCAUCUGUGCUAUCCGCGGAAAAGGAAUUUGGACCAUCUCGGUUCGAGACGCCGCUAACAGUGGUCCCUACAAUCCUGUGGUAGCUAUGACGCAACCGCAAUACCCACAACAGUCAGCACCGCAAUACCCCCAAUAUCCCGGAUAUCAGAACAUGCCGCCAGCGAACGGCUAUUCUCCAAAUGGAACCCCGCAACCAUACAACGCGUAUCCGCAGCAAACCGCCCCCCCUGUGGGCCAAGGCCAACCAUACUCUCUUCAACAACAGUAUCCAGGGGCUCCUCAACAAUAUCCUGGUGCUCCUCAACAACAAUAUCCUGUUGCUCCUCAACAACAAUAUCCUGGUACUCAGCAACAGCAGUAUCCUGGUGCCCCUCACCAGCAGUAUUCCGGUGGUUCACAAUCGGACCAUUUCAAUCCAGUUCAAAGUAGCUACUCUCCGAAUGCACCGUCGAUAGGGAACAGCCCGCUUCCCCCCCAACCUCACUACAACUCUUACCCCGGAUCUUAUCCCCAGCCGUAA